AUGGCUCCGGAAUUUAUAGAGGCGAUGGACUUUUGGGGUAGUGUGACCGGGGGCCUCCUGGUUUUCUGCCGCGGGAAAGCAGGUGCUGUUGCCAUGAGCAAGAACGUCCAGGAAUUAGGGGAGGCACUGGAAGGACAAACAAAAGAGGAUUUGAAACUCUGUGAAGAAACCACCAAAUUCCCAGGGGAGUCAGUGAUACGUUCUUCGAGUUAUGAGGAGUCCUUACCAAGUGGCAGUGCUGCUAGCCCAUUUCUCAGCAACCAGAAUGUUUUAUCUUCUUCCGUUCUCGGCGCAGUGAUUGAAAACUCAGCCCCUUCUAGUACUGGUGGCAGUCCACCCGAUACUGUCUUCUGUUCCAAAUACAAAGUACAUACUGAUUCUGAGAAAAAAAAUGAAGAACACCUGGAAAACAUUCUGGAAGAAUACUCCCAGAAAGGUAGAGAUGUGCAGAAGAGACUGAAUGAAACCGCUGAGUUACAUGCGCAACAGAAAAUCGAUUUAAGACUGAUCAUUGCUGUUUUACAGGCCAAACUGAUGGAAGUGCAACUGGAAAGAGAUGUGCUUCGGGGUACUAGACAAAAGGAAUCCCAGAGCCAAGAGAAUGUAAAAAUACAGCUGAAAAACACUAUUCAAGAGCUGGAAGCUGCCAAUCAGCUGCAAGAGGAGAUGCUGCGGGAGGCUGACAGCCAAACCGAGCACCUGAAAGAGAUGCUCCACAGCCACGAGCAGGUACUUCUGGAACUACGGGGCAUCCUGAUGGACUGUGAGGACAGCACAGGCAAGAAAUUCUGUGAGCAUGAGCAUAUUAGUAGCCUACACAUCCACAACCUGAGCACAGCGUUUGCCGACAUCCUGCGAGAUUUAGACUCAGAGGUGUUGUACCUCAAAGAAAAAGUUGUCCUGGUGGAAGAAGUGCUUGAGUCAUUGAAAAAAGAUUCAGAGACCCAGAAACAACUUCUGCUUCAACAACAUCAAAACAGGAUUGGGCAGCUGACAAGGGAGCAUAAACAGGAGGUGGCAGCACUAACUGAUAAAGCUAACCGUGCUGGCAGCCAUGCAAAUAGUAUCCAAAGCCAGAUGGAGAUCCUUCUCUAUCACACAAGAAACCAGAUUUCGGUGCAUGAUCGUCAAGUUAGUCACCUGGAAGCUACGGUUUCUCAGCUGCGUUCUGAAUUACAAGAAGCUAAGAGGGUGUAUGAAGAUAAGGUUGAAGAUCUUGAGAAGCAGUUGCACUUGGCUCGUUCUGAGAUAACAGAAGCUCAGACAGAACAUGAUGAACACAGCCAAGAAUCUGGAAAACUGAAUGACCAGAUUCAUCAGCUAUUGGCUCAGCUUCAUAAAAAAGAGAUAGAGCUAAGUCUAGAAAAAGAGCAGAACGAGCGAUUUUGGGCUCGGAAUACAGACGACAGCAUCGCCAUUGACCAUCUGAGGAGAGAACUAGAUGACAAAAACGUGCAGUUGCAGCGCAUGGAGAACACGGUGAAGGAAAUGAGAGCUGAAUGUCGCAGGCAAAUGGAGAGCCAGAUGGCUGCAACUGAGGCAAAAAAUGAAAGCGUUGGAAGAAUCUCCUCUUUGACUGUCCAACUGGAGUCAACCAGGGAAGCACUCCCUAAAGUUCAAGAAGAUUUUAGAGCCAAACAGAUCGACUUGGAGUCUGCUGAGAAAACAGUGUCAAACCUCAUGGCCUCGCUGGGGGAGAGGGAGAGAGCCCUGAAUGUCCCCCGUAAGGAAAUCAAAGAGCUCCAUUCCCAACUUGGUGGUGGGAUGCAGCUAAAGAUUCAGCGGCUAAGGAAGGAAGAGGACUGUUUCCAUUCAGCACGAUCAGAGUGUGAAACGCUGAAACUGCAGGUGUUGGAGAAGGAAAAGGUUACUGAGAUCAUCCAAAAGCAAGUUGAUAACAUGACUCACAUGGUGGACCAGCACAGUCGAGCUGCUGGAGCAAUGGAAGUUGAGAAAUAUCAGCUUAUAAAAGAAAGGAAUGACUCGAAACUCAAAGUGCAAGAACUGGAGAUUGCAAUGGAUGAGAAAGAAGCCAGAAUACAGGAAAUGGAGACCAGGCUGAGUGAACUGGAACUGGAAAAGAUUGAGCUGGUUAACACAUGCACCGAGAGGCUCCAUACACCUAACGAGAUGAAACGGGAAAAAGAGCAGUUAAUGAACGAACUCCAAGCCAGUCGGAGUGAGCUAGCUGGCCUUGCAGGGGGAUUUGAAGACUUGAAGAGGGAUUACAAGGAUAAAAUUGAGGAGAUAGAAAAUACUGCAAACAGGCUGAAAAUGCAGUUGAAAGCUGCCCAAGCUGAUCUGGAACGUAUGAGGACUGCUCUGAAGACUAUGGAGGGAUCUGACUGCAAUGCUGUGAAAGUUGCCGUGGGAAUGCAGAAGCAGAUCACAGCCAAGAGAGGACAGAUAGAUGCAUUACAGAGCAAGAUAAAAUUCUUGGAAGAGGCAAUGACAAGUGCAACUAAGGAGAAGCAUUACCUCAGAGAAGAAAAUAGUAAACUAAGUCAAGCAUUGAGCUGUAUUAUGGCAGAAAACACUAAGAUUGUUGGGGAACUGGAGGUCCUGAGGUCACAAGAGAAACGUCUCAGAGAAAAAAUAUCUCAGAUGGAGACAGCCCUUGAUAAGGCAUCCGUGCAAUUUGCAGAAUGCCAGUGCAUAAUCCAGUGCCAGGAACAAGAAGCUGUGCUCACCAGACUGCAGCAUACUUUACAUGUAAAAGAGCUGCAGGGCCCAGGCUACUCCGCAGCCUGUGCUUCAGACAGGCUGCGGCACGUGGUGCCUCUUUCCCACCUGCGCGCUGCUGUUGUGUCACCUUCGCUGAAUUUGGCCAGCCGCGCCCCUCCUAUGCCUUCCAAGCCAGGCAUCUUGAAGGAAGAGCCAUUGCAGGAUGUAAAGAGCAGCCUUCAAGAAUUAACAAGCCUAGAUAGUGACAUUCCCUCUGUGGAUCUUGGCAAAGAUGACAGCGAUGGUGGGAGAAAAUCACCUUUAGGAACCAUGAGGAAUAAAGCGGAGACCGCAGCUAGAGCCUCUGCUACUGAAAGCAUCAUGGAAAAGGAUACUUUUGGAGGGGAUCCUUUGUGCUUACACACAGCAGAACUUCAAUCCCAAGACGUUACCCUGCCCUUUGCAUCCCUUGGAGGUACAUCUGUCUCUUCAGCAGCUCCUCAUCACACAUCUUCCCCGAAGAAGGUCUCUCGGAAGGAGAGAUACAGAGAAAGGUCUCCAGUACACUUGCUGUUAACUGCUCCACCUGAUCACCUUGCAGCUGGCCCCAUCGCCUCACCAGGGCACACGCAGGCUGUAGGGAAGGUUGGCUCUCCAGAGGGUGCAGCCACAGGCACCCCGAUAACUUGUCAGCCCAUGAAAACUAGUGAAAAUACACCUAGGAGGCUGCAGAACAAGAUGGAAAGCCUGCAACACCUGGUGGAAUCCUUACAGAUCAAAAACCGAGCCAUGACAUCAACGAUCAGAACGCGGGAAAUGAAGAAAGAGAAAGCAAAGGAAAAGGAGAAAAAGCAAUUGAACUGCAGACACCGUGUAUGUUAG